AUGACACCUACCAAAGCUGCCAAGGAGAUAUUUCCAACCAGCACUUUUCUUUCAGACCUACCGGCCAAUGUCCUUCCGCAGUCGCUCUCCUCGCCUUCCAACAGCGGCCCUCCUCGUGGACGCCUGGUCAUUAUAGGCGAUGUACAUGGAAUGAGAAAGUCCCUAGAAGCACUUCUAGACAAAGUGGCGUUCGACAGAUGCAAAGGAGAUCAUCUUAUAUUCGUUGGCGACCUAGUCAACAAAGGGCCCGAUAGCCCUGGUGUUGUUGAUUUGGCGAUGAAGCUUGGCGCCAGCGCAGUAAGAGGCAAUCACGAAGAUGCAGUUCUCAGUGCUGCCGUUGAAAUGAACUCGUCAGGGUACAAUCCUCCAAAUUCAGGAGACUUGAGCGCUGGUGCGGCCUUAUCUGAGAGCCCACAACACGACUUGCCUGUGAAUGAUGUUCAGGAUUCUCAGGCUUCAGAAAAAAGCAUCUCUGCUACAGCCGAAAAAAGUAGGAGGCCUAGCCCUGCAACGCAGAUCACGGCAUCAGCACUAUCUCCAAGUCAUCUAGAAUGGCUCGCCGCUUUGCCUUUUAUCUUGCGCAUCAAACUAUCCCAAAAGCUAAUAUCGUCUCUGGGCGAUACUUUGAUUGUGGUACAUGCGGGUCUCGUCCCUGGUAUCCCACUCGAAGAGCAGGACCCGCACGCUGUACUACAUACUCGAAGCCUCGUCCGCACAAAUGGCAAGGACGAUGUAUUCACACCGAUGGAAAGCUCUGGGGAUGAAGGUUGGGUUGUUGAAUGGGACCGUUGGCAGGAUAAGCUACCAUCCAAGACUACAGUGAUCUUCGGUCACGAUGCAAAACGUCGUAUACAGAUUGGCAGGUAUUCGAUUGGGCUGGAUUCGGCGUGCGUGUACGGCCAUCGACUAAGCGCGCUUGUAAUUUCAGCUUCCGAAGGAAAAAUUGCCCAUGAGGUUAUUCAAGUUGAUUGUGCAGAUGUGCCUGUGGCUCCGACAGUAUCGGUGAAAGAAGAGGCUAAGCCCGUCCUUGGAUAA